AUGGAUGGGAAAUACGCCAGUGACCCAGAAUGGGCCUCUGUGACUCCAAUUCCUCUAGACGAUGGCGAAGAGUCCGGAGCCACGCCCCUGGCAUACAUCGCCUAUCCGACUGAGUAUCUCGAAGCAACGUCCUACCUGCGGGCCGUCAUGGCUGCAAAUGAGAUGUCGGAGCGGGCAUUGAAAUUGACGCAGGAUGUGAUCGCCAUGAAUCCGGCACACUACACCGUCUGGAUCUACCGUGCCAAGAUUCUUUUCGCACUAGAAAAAGACCUCAACGAAGAGGUAUCAUGGCUGAACCAAGUCGCUCUGAAAUAUCUGAAAAACUACCAAAUCUGGCACCAUCGCCAAGUAAUCAUGUCUACACGGGCAACAUUCCCAACUCUCCCACCAAAAGAACAAGAUUUCCUCGUGGACAUGUUCGCCCAAGACAGCAAAAACUAUCACGUCUGGACAUACCGCCACUGGCUAGUCCGACACUUCAAGCUAUGGGAUCACCCACGCGAAGUCGAAGACAUAAACCACCUCUUAAAAGCCGAUGUGCGCAACAAUUCCGCCUGGAACCAUCGGUACAUGCUCCGAUUUGGUCCCCGAGAAGGUGAACUAGACGCUGGUAUGGCCAAUGCAGGCGACAUGUCGACCACACCCGGCGACAAGGGUGUUCUAGGCGUUGUGGAUGAAGAUAUGGUUGAUAGUGAACUUUUGUAUGCGCAGGAAGCUAUUGUGCGGGCACCGGAGAAUAGGAGUCCGUGGUGGUUUGCUCGGGGCGUGUUACGUGCUUCCGGACGGAGAUUAGAGGAAUGGGAGGAGUUUGCGGGGAAGUUCGUUGUAGGGGAUGCGGUUAAGAGUUCGCAUGCUGUUGAGUGGUUGGCGGAUGUUUAUGCCGGAGGGGGUAGAGAGGGGUUGGCUGUUGAUAUGCUGAAUCUGUUGAAGGAGAAGUAUGAUCCUAUUCGAAAGAAUUAUUGGGAUUAUCGGAUUAAGGCUCUGGGACUGGCUACUGCUUGA